AUGUCUGUAAAGGCAACAGACAAUGCGCCGCAGAGGGCCUCAGACGAAGAUGGCGCCCUUCUCAUCAAAGGCCAUGGCACUCACCUGGAUACCGCAGCAGCUUUGAACGAUGAGGCCCGUGUCGACUUGACCUUUGACGGCAAAAGCUCCCUGCAGCAUGUCCUGCACAACGUGAUGCCACCCGAGUCUUACGCGAGCAACGCCGCGAUACGUCUCCAUCUCGGCGCGCGGGCGCCUUGUGCGCUGAAUAUUGUCCUGCAGAUUGUUGGCAGCCGAGGUGACGUCCAGCCCUUUAUUGCGCUCGGUACGGAACUGCAAAAGCACGGGCAUCGCGUCCGCAUUGCUACCCACGACGUCUUUGCCGACUUUGUGCGACAGUCCAACCUCGAAUUCUACCCCACAGGCGGAGACCCUUCGGACCUCAUGGCAUAUAUGGUCAAGAACCCCAGCCUGGUCCCCUCUGUAUCUUCGCUUAUGGCUGGCGACAUCAGCCGCAAGCAGGAUAUGGUUGAGGAGAUGCUAGGCGAGUUCUGGCUGUCAUGUAUCGAACCUGAUCCCAUCUUAGGAGCCCCUUUCAUCGCCGAGGCCAUCAUCGCAAACCCCCCAAGCUUUGCGCAUAUCCACCUGGCAGAGGCUUUAGGUAUUCCAGUGCAUCUCAUGUUCACUAUGCCCUACAGUCCCACCCGAGCCUUUCCGCAUCCGUUAGCGAAUAUCAAGCAGUCAAACCUCGAUCCGAAGCUUACAAAUUACUUGUCGUAUGGAAUGGUGGAGACGCUGACAUGGCAGGGUCUCGGGGACAUCAUCAACGACUGGAGGAGGAAAACACUGAACCUGGACCCCGUCUCGUCUGCCGACGCACCCAGCCUUCUCAGCACCCACAAGAUACCAUAUACGUACUGCUGGUCUCCUGCCUUGGUACCGAAGCCUCCAGACUGGCCUCCUCACAUCGAUGUCUGUGGCUUCUUCUUCCGGGAGGAACCGCAAUACACGCCGCCCGAUCAUAUUGCCCAAUUCCUUCAGGCAGGGCCAACCCCUAUUUAUAUCGGCUUCGGAAGUAUCGUCAUGGAUGAUUCCGCAAGGAUGACCGAUCUGAUAUUGACGGCGUUACAAAGGUCCGGCGCCCGCGCCAUUAUCUCCAGGGGAUGGGCCAAACUUGGUGAAGGCCGCAGCGCUGAAAAUGCCAUAUUUAUUGAUGACUGUCCUCAUGAAUGGCUAUUCAAAAACGUUGCGGGCGUGAUACAUCAUGGCGGAGCUGGGACGACAGCAUGCGGGCUGCUCAACGCCUGCCCUACCUUCAUCGUCCCUUUCUUUGGAGAUCAGCCAUUUUGGGGAUCGAUGGUAGCCAAAGCCGGAGCUGGCCCAUUCCCGAUCCGUCACAAAGAGCUCGACAUCGACAACCUCACCAAGGCUAUCGAGACGCUGCUUGCACCUACCACAAAGACGGCAGCACUCCGCAUAUCGGAAACCAUGCGAACCGAGAACGGGGUCGCGCAAGCCGUGCAGUCGUUCCACCACCAUCUCCCGCGGGACACGCUCACGUGCGACUUGUUGCCCGGCGAGGCAGCCGCCUGGACAUAUGAUGCCAAGCGAUUGGACAAGAAAGACAGGAAGAGAUUUAAGAAUGGGCUGAGGCUGUCUCCUAGAGCCCUGAGCGUCCUCAGUAACCGCCAAAAGAUCGACUUGACUAAGAUGCAACUGAAUCAUCCCAAGCCGCUAGACAUCGAAAACCGCCGAUGGGAUCCAUUGACCGCAACAUCGUCAGCCCUCCUAGGAUCGCUCGUCGAAUUCUCCAAAGGCUUCGGAAGCUUGGUGUCCGCUCCCAGGAGCGCAGCAGAUUUUUCGAAAGGAGACCGAGAUGUAUCUACGUCGUCCAGCGCCGGGAAAUCCGCCGGAAAGGGUAUCUCCAAGAUGACCUCGAGCGUUCUCAAAGGGUCACUAGUUGACGUGCCCCUCGCUCUCACCGAGGGCCUACAUAACCUGCCCGAACUAUACGGCGAAAAGGUCCGGAAGCACGACAAGGUGACAGACUGGAAAAGCGGCACCGCUGAAGCUGGUAAGAACUUUGCGUACAACUUCCUCGACGCCUCGUGGUGGCUGUUCAAGCAGCCCGCCGUCGGCGCAGUCAAGGGAGGCCCCGUGGGACUGGUCACGGGUCUCGGCAAGGCAGGCUUCGGGCUGAUUGCCAAACCCGGAAGCGGUAAGUCUCUCAACAUUCUGUACCGCUUGUUUGGACCAGGCGGUUUCGAAUCUUUGCUGAUGGGUUUGGUCUUGACUCGGUUAGCCAUGUUUGGCCUUCUUGCAUACCCUGCACUAGGCAUUUACAAGAGUAUUGUAGGAAGUCUUUCAAAGACCGAGAAGAAGGUCCUAGAGGCGCGGCUUGCACACGACGAGUACUUUGCCAAGAUGGACCCAAUCGGGGAGCAGGAAAUUCAAGUAGUUUUGAGCUCAUUUGGGGGCGGAAAGUAGUAUGGACCUAGUAUGGUUAUGUGUAGGAUAGCUGAUGAUAUAGAACAUGGCAAUGCCUGAUGGAAUGGCGAGUCUGGGAUUGUUUCAUUAAUGGUAUUUUUUUUGUCUUGAA